GAGGAAGCGGCGGAGGCGAGCCCGGCGCGGCGGCGGCGGCGGCGGGGGCGCCAUGGGGGAAGGCGAGCCGCUCAGCAUGGCCGACUACCUGAUCAGCGGCGGCACCGGCUACGUCCCCGAGGACGGCCUGACGGCGCAGCAGCUCUUCGCCAUCGCCGACGGGCUCACCUACAACGACUUCCUGAUCCUCCCAGGCUUUAUCGACUUCACGGCGGACGAGGUGGACCUGACGUCAGCCUUGACUCGCAAGAUCACCCUCAAGACGCCUCUCAUCUCCUCCCCGAUGGACACGGUGACCGAGUCGGACAUGGCCAUCGCGAUGGCGCUCAUGGGCGGCAUUGGAAUCAUCCAUCACAACUGCACCCCGGAAUUCCAGGCCAACGAGGUCCGGAAAGUCAAGAAAUUUGAGCAGGGCUUCAUCACGGACCCGGUGGUUCUGAGCCCGGCACACACGGUGGGCGACGUCUUCGAGGCCAAGAUCCGGCACGGUUUCUCGGGGAUCCCGGUCACCGAGACGGGCAAGAUGGGCAGCAAGCUGGUGGGCAUCGUCACCUCCCGGGACAUUGACUUCCUUUCUGAGAAGGAUUAUGGCACUGCACUCAGCGAGGUCAUGACGAAGCGCAACGACCUGGUGGUGGCCCCUGCCGGUGUCACGCUGAAAGAAGCCAACGAGAUCCUUCAGAGGAGCAAAAAAGGGAAGCUGCCCAUCGUGAACGACGUGGACGAGCUGGUGGCCAUCAUCGCCCGCACGGACCUGAAGAAGAACCGCGACUACCCUCUGGCCUCCAAGGACUCGCGGAAGCAGCUGCUGUGCGGGGCGGCCAUCGGCACCCGGGAAGACGACAAGUACCGGCUGGACCUGCUCAUGCAGGCGGGCGUCGACGUGGUCGUGCUGGACUCAUCUCAGGGAAACUCCGUCUAUCAAAUCGGCAUGAUCCACUACAUCAAACACAAAUACCCGGAUCUCCAGGUCAUUGGGGGAAAUGGAUGCACAGUGGUGACAGCGGCGCAGGCCAAGAACCUCAUCGACGCCGGGGUGGACGCCCUCCGGGUCGGCAUGGGCUGCGGCUCCAUCUGCAUCACACAGGAAGUGAUGGCGUGCGGCCGGCCCCAGGGCACAGCAGUCUAUAAAGUAGCAGAGUACGCCCGCAGGUUCGGCGUGCCGGUCAUUGCCGACGGCGGGAUCCAAACCGUGGGCCACGUGGUCAAGGCGCUUUCUUUGGGAGCCUCGACAGUGAUGAUGGGCUCCUUGCUGGCUGCCACCACCGAAGCCCCCGGCGAAUACUUCUUUUCGGACGGGGUCCGGCUGAAGAAGUACCGGGGGAUGGGCUCCCUCGACGCCAUGGAGAAGAACAGCAACAGCCAGAAGCGCUACUUCAGCGAGGGAGACAAGGUCAAGGUGGCGCAAGGCGUCUCCGGAUCCAUCCAGGACAAGGGCUCCAUCCAGAAGUUCGUGCCCUACCUGAUCGCUGGCAUCCAGCACGGCUGCCAAGACAUUGGCGCCAAGAGCCUCUCCAUCCUGCGGUCCAUGAUGUACUCCGGUGAAUUGAAGUUUGAGAAGCGGACGAUGUCGGCCCAGAUCGAGGGGGGCGUCCACGGCCUGCACUCUUACGAGAAGCGGCUGUACUGAGGACGGAUUCCGGAGCAGCGGCGCCCAGCGAGCGGCCCCCACCGUCCCGGCCCCCGUCGCCCGCUGCCGGCGCACCUGAAGGGGCGGGCUCACCUGGCCGCCGCCACCCCCCCUCCGGCCUCUCAGGCCGCGCUGGCAGGC